CAGCCGAAAGGAAAGGGACACGCAAGUGAAGUGCAUGCUGGGUAGGCACACGGAGGUCGAGCGAGCUUAGCGUUUGGCUGCCGAUACGAUCAGUUUGACUUCUACAGUGUUUGUUCUUACGUGGGGCUUUCGUUUUUUUCCUAUCGCAGUAGGACGACUCGGCACAGUGUAAACAGAGAAUCAUCAUCUGUUGGUUAUUCACAUCGUUGAAAGUUAUUCUCAACCGCUUGUGCUUUGGAAACUUUUUAUGUUACUCGGACUAUAAUACUCGUGCGAUCUGCUCGUCUUCAUUGAUUUUCCUUGAUUUUGCUCAACUUUUCUUAAUAAUAUUCAGUGAUUAGCCUUCCUUUGGGGUUUAAAAGGAAAACUUUCUGUUGGGAACGUCAUGACUCUUUCGUUUAUCUGUGAAGUAUAAUGGAUUGUAGCUCGGGAAGUAUGGAUUCAGCAGCUUCCAGUGGAAUGAACUCGGAUUCUGUCCGUUGGUCGGAAAGUGAAGAGAAAGGAGAUAAUGAAGAAAACAUGGUGAUUGUUGACCUUGCUGGGAGGGGGCUGAAGAAGCUAGAGUCCCUGCCGACCUCGGAGACCCAUGCAACAUGUACAACCCUCAUACUGGACCAUAAUGGACUAUCACGCAUUGACAAUCUACAGGAGUUCAAGAACCUUCAACAGCUGUCCAUCGGACACAACCGGUUGGUGCGGAUGAACGGUAUCUCAAGACUGCCGACCAUCCGUGUCCUCAACCUGCCCAACAACAGCAUCCAGACCAUAGAGGGUCUGAGAGAACUACCGGAACUGGAGUGGCUGAAUCUGUCGGGGAAUAGUAUCAAGAGCAUUGACCAUCUCAGCAGCAACCUGAAGCUCCGUCACCUGGACCUGUCCGAUAACAGCGUCUCAUCAAUCAUGGACAUCUCCAUGCUAGCUAACCUCAAGACCUUGCUUCUCCAUGGCAACAUACUGACAACAUUACGCAGCAUACCCGGCUGUAUACCGCAUUCGCUGGAGAUACUCUCGCUAGCAGAGAACGAGAUAUCGGAUCUCACGGAGGUGUCCUACCUAUCCUGCCUGAACAACCUCCAGCAGCUGUCUGUCAUGAACAACCCCUGCGUGCUGAUGGCCACACCCUGUUCAUCCAACGCAUCACCUUUCAACAGUGGGUUUGACUACAGGCCUUACAUCGUCAAUUGGUCACCCUCCCUACACAUCCUAGAUGGUUACGCAAUCACACACAAGGAAAACUUGAAAGCAGAGUGGUUGUACAGUCAAGGUAAAGGCAGAUGGUACCACCCCGGACAACACGUACAACUCGUGCAAUACCUCAACAACACAUGCCCUCUCACAGUGGUAUCAGAGACACAGGCAAAAGAAGAUGAGCGGUUAAUGAGGAUCCUCCAACAACAGAAGAAAUACCAACAAUUGCAACACCCCUUCCCAGUAGCAAUAGGUGGUGUCGACCCCGCCCAGGCGCAGCUCCCAUCCCCGUCCCCUUCCACCUCACCCCAAGCCCAGGCCCAGGGCCAGGCCCAGGGCGGGGCACAGGGGCCCUCCACCCAAUCAUCAUCUCUCCCCUCCACCCCAUCGUCUUUCCCCUCCUCACCGGUAGGCAACGCCCCUGCUGGGUCGACCAUGCGCCCCACGCGGCUCUCGCCUACCAAACUGACCCCCUCGAUGCCCGGUCAGAAGGGGGGUAACGGGGGCCAGAAGUCUCCUACCAAGCGGAUGCCUUCACCCCUGAGGAGCCCCUCUCCUUCUAAGUUACUGAGCCCGGGUGCUGCAUGGCCCUCUGAUAGGAAUGAGAACUCUCAACUCCAUCGGAACUUCAAGCCAGUGGGGGAGAACUCACCUCCUGCAGGCGCUGCAGAUGUCUUCCUGCAAGACAUUGAAGAUGGUGAAAUCGAUCAGCUGGGACCCCUUGCAUCCUUCCUACCUCACCAUCCAUCCAUGCCUAGAGAUGCACAACAAACCAGGCCCAGCACGGCCCCACCCCAACAGCAGCAGCAGCAGCCACAGCACCACGCCACCAAACACAGCAAGGCCAAGCCCAACGCGGCGUCGGAAGAAUACACCGACGUACACCCGAUGAGGCAGUCCCACGGGAUCACGGACACCGCGAGCUUCGCGUCCCAAGUCAGAGCUCAGCUGGAGAAGACCCAGAGCGGGGGCGACGCCUCGUCCCCCGUCUCCAAGUUCCAGGCGUACGAGGACCGCCCAGUGAAGUCCCUGGCGACCAACAUGCUCAAGAAGCAGCUGGAGGGGGGCGGGUCCGGGCACGGGCGUGUCACAAAGAAGGGGAGUCAACCAACCCUUCGGCAGUCGUCGAGCCUCCCCUCGACCCCGAGCCCCAGACACUCGUCCUCCAGCCUCCCCAGUACCCCCACGCCUCGCAGCCCUCACGACUUCCACCACACGUCCAAGGCAGGAAGGGAGAAGGGCAGGAGUCAUCUGGGGAAGCAGCGAGGGGGAGGGGGAGGGGGAGGGGGUAGCAGUGGGGAUCUCAGGGGAGCAUCGUCAGGCUCGAAGGCUGAUCAUGGCAAGCAUGGCAAGGAAACGGCCAGCUCCAGGAAGCAGGGGAAAGGUCAGAGUGGUAGACACUGGGAGGUCAACGGCAACCCAGACUUUGAGAGCAGACCUGAAGCGGAGCAAAUGACCGCUCAGGAGGCGUGGGCAGGCGGGGGUAAAGAAGAGAGCAAGGACGGAGCCGCCAGCACCAUCCAGUCCAACUGGAGGGGGCACCACGCCCGCAAGGGGGACGAGAAGGCCGGCCGCGCCCAGAAGCAGAUGCAGGAGCAGAGGGUGGAGGAGCACAUCAAGUACCUCAAUAUGGAGCUCGACAGGACACGUCAGAUGUACGAGCAGGAGAAACAUCUGAGAGAGCUGCAGAUGGAGGCCUUGAAGCUUCUGUGGAACCAGGUGAAGACCCUGCAGGAGUGGAAGCAGGACGUGGAUGGGAGGGACGCCCCUCCUCCCCCUGGUGGACCCCUCCCCGUACCCCCUGGCCCACCCUCCAUCACCACCCCCUCCCACUUCCAGGGUGAUCCCAAGGGGACCCCAGGGUCUGCAUCAUCAUCCAAGGAUGCCAAGGCCCUCUCUGCUGGGACACCCGUCUCCACCGUGAGGGAGGUCCAGCUGGAGAAGACCUGCAGUAGUUUGCAGAAGCAGGUUGGUCGCCUGCAAGAAUCAAUCAACGGCAUCACGACCUUCAUCACCUCUGGAUACGUCACCAACCCUUCGACUCCGUCACCCCCCUUCCCUGCCACCCCUCUCCCUACAAAAGACCAGCCGCUCACCCAGUCUGCAUCCACCAAAGACCAGUCCAGGUCGGCAUCAAAAGCUAGUCUGUCUCGGGUCACUUCCCAGACGGUCAAGGAUGGUAAGAAGAGCCCACCAGGAAACAGCAACACCAACAACGCAGCACCAACUGCAGCCACGACUGGUGGUGUUCCGUCGUCUCAAGGGGUCACCUUGCCAGCACCGUGGGAGGGGGCCAUGAUCAACCAGGCGCUGAACAACCUUCCAGAGGGUCUGCAUCCUCUGGACGUCCAACAGCUCCUCAUCAGUGCAGCAAAGUGGAUGUCAGAGCAGGCAGGAGUCUCAGGGAACGGGGCAGGAGCAGGAGCAGGAGCAGGAGCAGGAGUCAACACCAAAGCAUUCAGCCAGGCUCCUCAAGGUUCUCCUUCAGUCGUCCAGGCAGGACACUUUCUACCGGACGAGAAGGACCAGGAGGAUGCUGAGCUAAAGCCCACAGCACCCGCCGAGCUGGUCGCCACGGCUCGCUCGGACACCAGCAUCGCCCUGAAGUGGACGCCGUCGUCCAUGCCCGGUGAGAAGGAGGUUGGGGCUAGGCAGCUCAUCAGUCCCAUCAAGGGGUACAAGCUCUUCAUUCAGCUGGGAGAGAGUCACAGAGAAGUGAUGGAUGUGCCCUACCCGCAGGCCAUCCUAGGGGGCCUUACUCCAGGAACUUACAGAUUUACUGUGAGAGGAGUUGGACCCAACAGUGAGUCUGAUGAUUCCAAUACAGACCAGGUGAUUUUGCCCCAAUCCCCAUCAACCAAGAAGGCAUCUCCGCCGGCUGAAGCACAGAAGACAAGCCCCGCAAAACAACGUCCAGUGGCCAGCCCAAGAAGCAGCAAGGAGAACCAGAAGAAGUCCAGCUCAAAGACAUCAUCCUCGGAAGCUUCCAAAGACUCUCCAACGAAGUCUCUGAGCAAGAAAUCCAGCAGUUCCGCCAGCAAAGGGGAUGCUCUGAAGGACAAGUCCAACGUCGGCAGCCAGAAUGCCAAGAACGAUGCCAAGACGGCAAGAGAGCAGCCAAAAGCAGGGAGUGGAAAGCAGGGAAAAGCACAAUCUAUUCCAGCGAAAUCAAGAAGAGAGACGGACAUUGAUGCGGAACCCUCCGUGGUCGACCUGGAGGACGGUUUGAAAGUUGCCAUAGCCAAGUCUGUUGGCGUUGAGAUGAGUCAGAAUAUCAUUGACACUGCUAUCCAGAUGGCCAUCAUCGCUCUCAUUGAUGUCGGUCCUGAUUUGGAAGGAACCAAUGCGAUGGAGGAAGAGAAGAAGAAUGGAGGCGGUGGAGCGAUUGAAGUUGUUCCCGUUCAACAACUUGAAGUGUCCUCUCAAAAGGAAGGUCCGCAAGUGGCUGACCAAAGUAGCGAAGUAGAAGGACGUAUUGGUGAGAAAACAAAUAAUGUGCAGAAUGUGUCUAAGAAAGUGGUAGAGGGGUUGGGUGAAUGUCAGAAAGGUAAUGGUUGUGACGAAAGUGUAGCAAAUGUAGAUAUAAAUGAUGAGAGCAAGUGUAAUGGUGUUCAGGGUUUAAAUAAUACCUCAGACAUGAGCCCUUUGUGCAAUGGGGAGUCACAGGGUAGCGGUGACAAAGAAUCUUUAGGUUAUGGUAAGAAAUAUGAUAUCACUAAUUCUCCUUCCAACUCAGAACAAGAAACUGCUCCACAGACUGAAUCAGAAGGAAAAGGGUUACAGCCGAAGCAGAGCACAGGAAGUGUUAGUGAAGCUUCCGAAACGGUUGUUGGUGGAGCUGUUCAACAGCCUGCCACGAAAGCAAAUGAGGAAACUGUGUUCAAUUUUGACUUCCAGGGAGGGAUCCCUUACCCUCAAUCCCCAACGGGAAUAGAUGACACCUCCGCCUCAGCUAAACUGUUAGGUGUGUCCGAGCAGAAGGAUGCUCCUCCCGUCAAAAGCCCAAAGCCCAAACCUAGCCCGCGAUUGUCAAAACUUGCAGCUAACUUCACUUCAAAACCCUCCAGCAGUAGUGCCGCGAGUUCAAUGGGUGAGAUAAGCGAAAUGGACGAGUCCCAUAGGGUGAGUGUCGGGCAUGAUCCUUUCUCGGUGGACUUUGAAGAGUCCUUACCCGUGAGCGAUUGUGACGAUAGUGAGGACAGGACAGUUCACUUGAGGUCUGGCGAGGGCAAAGCCAAGAGGGUUGUGAGUUCAUCCAGCCUCGAAGACAGCAGAAUGUCCUCGGAUGAGGCAUCUCCUAGCGACCACAGUGCUUCCGCCAGCAAACUCUCCUCCAAGCAGAUUGUCUCGUUCUGUCUUGCCCCGAAGCCUAGCAAACCUAAACCCAAAGAGGUCUCUGCAUCUGCCAGGAAUGGCGAGGAAGCCAAGAUGAACAACCGGUCCAAAGCAGGAGAUGGCACAGAACAGAGUAAACCUGAUGAAAGGCCAAGCAGAGCCACCCGGCCUACCAACAUCAAGACAAUCCUCAGCCCGUUAAACUCCCCUAUGGUCCAGCAGAGGUCAAGGAACAUCGGUGGGUCAGGGAUUCCGAUGGUACGGGUACCCUCGCCUACCAAGACCGGUUUCUUGAGGCUGGGUGGCGGUGUUCACCGCACCACCAGUACCCCAUCCCUGGAGACACUGAAGAGUCCUGGAGGUAAUGGAUCAAACGGAAACAGCAAUGGCCAGAAUAAGACGAAGCCCGAAUCCCCAUCCACUGACAGCAGCCAGCACCAGCAUCCUCUCUUCGCCCGGUCGCGCUCCAAGAGCGGCGGAAGCACCCUCUCCAGCCCCAGCGGAGGAGGGGGGCAGAGUGCCUGCAAGGGGCGCAUCAAGGCCGGCAAGAAGGGCAGCAAGGUACCCCAGAUCAAGCGCAGCGGGUCGGAGCCCAACCUCUACCUCCAGAAGCAGCUGGAAGCGGAGGACGAGCUGGAGAUGCAGUCUGAAGCAGAUGGUGGUACUCCCAUCAAGCAGCGGAGAGGUUCAGCUGGAUCACAGGCCAACAGCAACAAGCAUUCCCGUUUGAUGUCUCCAGGCUCUACCAGCAGGAUCUCCUCUCCCGGAGGUGGAUCCUCCAAGCUCCCUAUCAAGCACAGCACCUCCACCCAGAACCUCAGCAUGAUCAACGGCUCCUCCAGGAGCUCCUCGUCCUCAUCCAGCUCUUCUUCGACCGCAUCGGCUGCGGCGGCCAAAAGAGCCACCAGCCCCGGUCCAAUAAACAAACGUGGCACCAGCCCAGGCAGGACCAACAAGCGAGGCACAAGUCCAGGCCCCACGAAACGCGGCACCAGCCCCGGUCCGACCAAGCGAGGCACCAGCCCCGGACCUUCGGGCAAGAACAGAGCCAUCAGCCCUGGUAGGACACCGCGCACCAAGCAGGUGAUGUCCCCGACCGCGGGGUUCAAGAUGCCUUCGAGUAGUGUCAGCAACGCCAACAACAGCAACAGCGACGAGUGCACGGGGAAGCUGAGCAAGAUGGCCAAGAUGUAUCGCAAUCUGCACAAGAAGGAAGUUAAAAACAAUGAAGACAAUGCCAAUAACAACAAUGGUAACAAACCCAUGAGUGAAACUUCAAUCAACAGUACCCUUUGCAGUGAUGCCAGUGAUAUGCUAUUGUAAUGGUGAGGUUUUCAGUUCUUCAGACUGAUCUGACACAGAAAGAGAGGCAUCUGCUACAAGCCUUUCUUGGCCCUUACAUCAAACAGGGUCAUCAAUGACAAGCUACAAUAAUUGAUAUUAGCUACUGGAAUCAUUCAAAUUGGUCGGCUUAGAGCAAAUUUGUUACAGAAUUGUAGCAAUCAGUCAUUGUAAGUUUUAUGCAACAGGGCCCCAGGUGUGCAAUGUCGAGACAAACUGGAAGGCAACAGAACUCCAGGACGAGUUACAGGAUGAACUGCAGGUAUAAGGGGUGUCCAAGACCUGGAUGCAUCGUUGAUCCUGUAGAACCAUAAUGAAUAGGUCCAUGCUUGCUUUCUUGCUGGCUUACAUAUAUUUAAAAGCAGUCUACCGUAGUAUUUUUACUCUGAACCCUUUAGCACCAAAUGCAUCCCCAGCCUUCUCUCCUACGACUACUUGCUCUGUCCAAACCACUGGUAGUACCGCUCAAAACGUUAUUUUCAUAAUCCUCUCUUUCCCUUUUCUUGCCUGUCAACUGCCAUAUGCAAAAUCUGUUGGUGCUAAUGGGUUCAGAGUGAGAACGAUAAGUCUGUAGUCAGUGUUUAGGGAUUCGUAACAGACGAAUGAGGCUUCGUCUUACAGAUGUAAAAUUGUGGUACAUACAAUGCAGAUACAAUCAAUAGAUUUGCCCUAUUAUUGCCUCGUAUUUGCCAUGUUGAAUCUGGAAUAAACUUUCCAGACCUUUGCAGUAGUGUUUUCAAUACAAUAUGUUUUUUCAGUAUUCGGAUUUAAAUGGAAAUAUGAUCUGUCAUUGCUGUACAAAGCUGUUGCUUCAGCGGCAAAAAUAUGUGUAUUUUCCUUGAAUGAUCAUCUCUCUUCUUUCUAUAUGUUAUUUAGUUGUGUGGAAGUAUGAUUCCUCAACAAUACAAUUUGUUUAUAAAUGAUCUGUUCACAAGUUGUUUCUUGUUUUGUUGAAAAUGGGAAAAGCUACAUUCAUUGAAAUAGAGAGAGAGAGAGAGAGAGACAGAGACAGACAGAGAAAACAGGGGGGGGGGGGGGACUUUUAAAUUCUGAAUGAAAUGAUAAUUUGGGUCUCUAGCAUAGCUUUUUUCUAAUUUCUAUAGACAACGACUCAUACAAAAUCUAUUGCAAAAUACUGGGAAUUAUUUCAUUCAUUAUAAAUAUUGGAUUUGCUCUCUAUCUAUACUCUGGGAGAUGCACAUACAUGUAGGCAUGAAUUUACCUCCAGAUAUCUAUAUAUUUUGUUGUUGUUGUCAUUCCAAGUUUGUCUUUGUAUUUCCUGGUUGCCUUGCUGCCCAAGCUCAACGAUGUGUCUCAUCGUUUUGAAAUUGUACCUGUAAAAAAAUAAAGAAAUAAACACAUGAAAUAUGUAUGAAUUCCAGUGUGUGCAUUCAUAAUAUAAAACUGUAGUGCAAUAUUAUGUUCAUUAGCAUCUUGAUACUACUUGUAAGUAUGGUUUUCAAUUUUUGUAAAUAAUUUGAAAAUAAUUUGAAAGAACGUUUGUGAAUGUUGAGGUUAAAGAGUAUUCUUUGUGUUUCUGCCACGUAAAUGAUCAACUUAUUGGGCUUUCAAGCAAGAUGUAAGGUGCC